AUGAAUACAUUAAUAAGAAAUAUUACUUCAUCAAAUAAAUUUUUAAUAAUUAAAAAACAUAAAAAUAUACGAUCAGCUAUUGUUAAUAAUCUUCAUAUGAAACAUAUUUUAUAUAAUAAAAAUGAAUCUGACAGUGAAAUUAUACCUUAUCGUUUUAAUGUGAAAAGAAAAGAGAAAGAAACUUUCUUGGAAAUUAUACGUAUAUAUGAAAAAGAAGAUUGUACUAGAAAAGGACAAUUGCAAUUUAUUUUAACUGCUUUAAAAUAUAUGGAUGAAUUUGGUGUAAAUAAAGAUUUAGAAACAUAUAAGGCAUUGUUUAAUAUAUUUCCAAAAGGAAAAUAUAUACCAGAAAAUAAAUAUCAAAAUAUGUUUUACCAUUAUCCAAAACAUCAAGAUAUAGCUCUACAUUUACUUAACAAGAUGGAAAAAAAUUUUGUGAUACCUGAUUAUGAGAUGCAACAAAUGAUUAUAAAUACUUUUGGUAAUAAGGGUUUAGUUAUAAAAAAGUGUUGGAGCAUAUUUUAUUGGCUUCCAAAGUUCUCUCAAUUAAAUCCUUGGCCAAUACCCAAACCGUUACCAAUAGAUCCAAAAGAACUUGCUGAAUUUGCAAUAGCAAAAAUGUCUUGUGUAGAUGUACAAGCUAAUACUAUUAUAUAUAAAACAAAAGAUGUACCUGAUGCAAUUGAUGAUACAUGGAUUGUAUCUUCUAUGAGUAGAUCACAACAAGAACUUCUUGCAGUACAACCAACUAAUAAAUCAUUGACUGUGGAAGGUCCUUUUAUGAUAUGGGUCGAUAAAUAUUGUAUUGAUUAUUUUGUAUUAAAAGGAGAUCCAAUAGAAAGAGAAGUCAUUUAUGAAGACUAUGAUGAUGUAUCUCAUUUGCAAAUUCCAUUUUGGGAAAAAUAUCACUUUAAAAUACCUGUUACUAUACAUGAACAAGAAGAUGGGGUAUAUUAUGCAAUUUGUGCUACAGGUACAUCUUCCAAAGAUUCCCUAUUAUCAUGGAUAAGAUGUCUACAAAAAAUAAAUCCCAUUUUAGAAAAAAUACCAAUAACAUUUAAAAUAAAAUCAUUUUCAAAUCAACAAUUAUAUAUUGAAAAUAAUAAAAUAUCUAAUAAAAAAGAAAUAUCUAAAGAUAAAAAUGUAAUAGAAAAAUAGUUAUGUAAAUAAAUUCUGACUGUAAAUAAAUUUAUUUGUAUAGCAA